AGAAACCUGGAAAUGCGAAGAAUUGCCUAUUUUCUGAUUGAGAGAGAAUACUUCUUAUGCAGCACAAGGGAGAGAUAUGCUGACAAGGAACAGAUGGGAAAGUACCUUGGACAGAACAGGGCAGCUGCUAACCAGCUGCAGGCAGACCAGCACACCCCUCAUCUGAGGAUGGCUGGCAACAGUGCAGAGAGGUGCAUUUAUGAUGGCAUUUAUGAUGCAUUUAUGAUGGCAUCGAUGAUGCAUUUAUGAUGGCAUCGAUGAUGGCAUUGAUGGGGCACAUUUGCUUUGUGGGCAGCCAGCACAGAUGGGUGGUGAAAUCAUAAGCACCCAUGGUAGGGGGUGCUCUUAAAGGUUACUGCCACUGACCGAGCUGGACUGGUUCAGGAGUACAGCUUGGGUGAUGUGUGAAUCUCCUGGUUAGUUAAUAACCUUUGUGGUAUCCCGACACAGUGGAAUUUGGAAUUUGCUUACGCUGUGCUUAAAGAAGAGUCAAUCAUUGUUCUCGUAAGUAUCGGUAGCGGUAUGCUUGGACUCUGGUCUGGUCGACCUGAUCAAAGAAACGACCUCUCUCCAGUCCCCAUCUUUGUUCGGCCUUGGCUCGCCAUCUACUUGCUUACUCACCGGCGGAUACCGUCUUUCUUAUUAUGUAUGGUGUGCGUUAUUUGAAAUAGAAUAGAAAUGGGGGCGACGAAACACUGUCACAGCCCCACAUUUCGUGUCCUUUUCUCUCUUUUGGUGUGCGUUAAUUGAAAUAGAAUAGAAAUGGGGCCACAGUUUAUGAAGCUCUGAUGAAAGAUGCUCGCGUUAUGAACAAAUUGAACAGGGUGCAGGUAGGCUGGUACAUCUGACGCGCGGUGGAAUUCUUCACCGGCACAUCCGCCACGGCUAGUAAUGUUUUUCAGUAGAUCCGUAAGCUAUAAGGAUUCAUCAUGGUGUGGCGGGAGAUGGCAUGCGGUCGCAAGACCUUGCAGGCUGCCUGGAGUGGCAGUUGGAUGGUCGCCUAUGGCCAUCGCCGUCGUGGAGAAUGCUGCAUCGCCAAUGCCGUAGAACUGCAGAAGAUAGGGUGCUUGGCGGCAAGCACGCGGGCUUUCAUUGCGGAUUCGGACGAUCGCCCAUGUUCGUCCGUGUGCCACAGGUACGAGGUGAGCGGUGGAGUGGCGCAGGAGGGCUGGUUGCGAAUGAGCUCUGCUGAAACCUCUGCCUCCGUCAAUCGUGCAUGGUCACCUCGUUGGCCCAGCGAUAAAUGUCGGCAGAAAAUGCCGAAGAGCACGGCCCGGCCACAGGCAAGUCAACCGGUUGACCGGAAUGCUGGCAACAUGUCUGAUUGCUUCAAGUUGUUGAUGCAGCUUCAGGAGGCGUGGCACUGCUCUUUAAGCAGCAGGGCUUGGCACCACAUGGCCGCCUUUCGUCCCCACUCAGCUGUUUCGCAUGGAGCGUGUGCUCUCUAUUGUUCUCCUAGGACGUCAAUGUCUUCUCGAUACCUCCGUUCGAUGCAUUCCCUUGCUUAUGAGGAGUAUGAGGUUGGCCCCAAGGGGGUGCGGAGGGUCCGCGGUGGACGGGGCAUGCAUGAAGAUGCUGCAGCUGACACAGAAGAGGCGGAGGUUGCCCCCUCGGCGCCCAAGGCAUCCUCGUCAAGAAAGGGAACAGGCGAAAGACGGAUAACGCUGACCGCCCUUGUGGUGCAUGGGCUAUUUGGUUCCGGCCGCAACUGGCGCACAGUGUCGCGAGCAAUAGCGGAGGCUGCGGUCACACAGACAAUUAAGGAGACACGGCGCGAUGGGGACAAGCCUGUGGUCCCGACGUGGCGGCUUCUGCUUGUGGAUAUGCGCAAUCAUGGGCGAUCGACUGGACUUCCGGGGUUCGAUCCUCCACACGACAUUCGCGCCGCAGGCCAAGAUCUCAUCGACUUAUUCCGGCACGGCACGCAGUCUCAGUGGCCGGAGCUCGUAAUGGGCCAUUCGCUUGGAGGAAAGGUUGUGCUUGAAUAUACUCAGGCAUUGGCAGAGGAGACAAACGGGAAGCUGGCUGCUGCACAGAUGCCUCAGCAGGUCUGGGUUCUGGACUCUAUUCCAGGUCCGGGGCCUGCUCCCGACCCCGAGUGCAAAGGAAGCGUGGAAAGAGUGCUUAGUGUAUUGGAGGGCCUCCCCAAUCCCAUGCCUUCAAGAAGGUGGUUUCAAGAGCAUAUUACGGAACGGGGGUUUUCCGUCGGCCUUGCGGAGUGGCUCGGGACGAAUCUGGUCAGAAUAGACCCUGAGAAAGAGGAAGUCGCGUGGAAUUUCGAUAUUCCUGGAGUCACGGAGAUGUUCCAGUCGUACAGGAGGGAAAAUUAUAUGGCUCUUCUCGAAAAGCCGCCCGCAGGAACGAGGAUAGACUUUGUGCGAGCAGCGCGGAGCGACAGGUGGCUUCCAGAUGUCGUAGCCGAGCUCGAGGCUGCUGCGAGACGAGAUGCACCUUUGAGGAAAGUCAAAGAUGUUAUCCCUUUUCAUCAGCGCCCCGGUACCAUCGGUUACCACGUCCUGGAGAAGGCUGGUCAUUGGCUGCACGUGGACAAUCCGGGAGGGCUACUGAAACUGAUGGUCCCUUCUUUUGUCCGAUUAGCGCAGGAAAAGGGAGCAGCGGAGGUGGAAAAGGGAGCAGAGUCCCUCAGUAGAAGAUAGGAAGGAAGAGGGGCCAAUGAAAAAAGCAUCUUCCG